CAUACACGGAGCGCAGUAGGCACAGGUUUUCGCAGUCGUCAUAUGAUUAAAAAGAAUAUUGCCGUGGAAAUGUUUCGAAAUUGCGUGAUUUUCUCGCUCUUAAUUGUAGCAAUUCAUGCGUCUGGCGAAUUUACAGUGCUGAGUAGCCCCAAGGGGAUCAGCUUCAAGGGCAAUGACGCAUUGGACAGCUACAAUGUUGGCGAUGUGCUAUACGCUUCCUUGGGCAAUGCUGUCAAUGGUGAUUCAAACUGGAGCGGAAUGACUUUUUCUGAUCCCUUCAACUUGGCCAAAUGCAUAAUAGCAGUGCACGUGCAGGGAACUCGCCAUAUCGCCACAACUGGCGCAUCCAAAACUUAUGAUCUGGUCGGGUCCAGUACUAGCAAUUCGCUGAAUGGAUUGGCUGCUGAGCUAGAAGCUGCCAACGAGCCAGUGUGCGACAUUAAUUUUGAACAGUACGAGGAUGGCAUCCAAGCAUUCAAAUCAUGCUUUGGGGAUUUCGAGGCACCUGCCGCUAAGCCUACCAAGCAUUUAAACCCAUCACUGCACAGCGCUGACAAACAGUUUCUGCAGGAAAUAGGUUAUAUUAACGCUGCCUCUGAAAAUCUGGCCGAUAUGCUUAAACCCUCGAACGUGCUACUCGUCCGCCUGUCCGUCGAAGGCAUUGCCAAAGCGCACGGUGAUAAGUCGGAAGCCUUGGAUGAAGCCAACAAACUGAUCUCUGCUGCCAUUGGUCGCCUGCUGGUCGCAGCUCAAAAAUCUAGUGGCUCGGUCCUCUUUGUUCAAACCACCGAUGAAGAGGUAUCCUCAUCGCGUACUAAACGCGAUGCCGUACCACCAAACACCUUGAACCCCUAUAAUUUGGCCGAAUACUACGACUACAACUACCCGGUUAUCUUCAACAUUAUUUUGUGGUUCAUGGUUGUUUUUGGCCUAUCCCUAUUGGCUAUAUGUUAUGCUAUUGGCUCAAUGGAUCCCGGCAGGGACUCGAUCAUCUAUCGUAUGACUUCCACCAGAAUGAAGAAGGAUAAUUAAGGAAGAGUCUACAACAAGCCUGGAGACUACAAUCAUGUAGCUACAGCACAAUUUUUCCUCUUCCUUUUAAGUCGAGGUGCAGAAGCCACUCCACAACUGCGAAGUUCGAUAGCUAAAUGUGUAUUUGUGUAUAAGUAUGUGCAGUUAAUUGGCUUUACAAAUACCAUGAUAAGCUAAAAUUAAGUAUUACAAAAGUUAUCAUUUGCUAGACAGUCAAAUUCCAUUAUCAGUUAAAAAGUGUUUUGUUAGAUAUGUUUCGUUGUUGUACUUUUUAGGUUUAUAAACUCAAUCAGUCACUUUA